AUGUAUAAGAGUUGUCCCACGAACAUGGUGAUAUUUGUUUUUGUUGUCGAUACCUCUGCGUCUAUGAACCAGAGAACGUCUAUUGGGACUACGUUACUUGACGUCGCGAAAAAUGCGGUGGAAACCUUUACGAAGGUAAAGUAUGUCCUAUUAUCCCAAUGGAGGCUUAGAACAGUUCCUACUCUAUAUGACUGACCUGUAAAAUUUGCCUGCUUUAGCUGCGUCAACGAGAUCAAGCGAGUAGAACGGACCGAUACAUGCUGGUGACGUUGGAGGAGCCGCCUGGAGCAAUAAAGGUAGGCCCUAUUGUCAGCACCAAUAAAGCGCCUAUCGACUGGAUCGUCGAAUAGCUUUGUAUCACAGAGGAUUUGUGCCAGGGAUCGGGAAUCGCAAAAAUUUAACACUGCUAUGUAGGAAAAUGGGUAUCUAGAGCAGUGCUUUGUUUUUGUUUGAAAGUGACGGAGUUUUAUUAUUUUUUCCGGUAACUUUUGUUUAGUUUCUUCAAUUCACGCGAAAGGCAUCAUGGGUAUUGUUUUGAAGUGAUGUGUUUACUAAAUAUUCUUUGUUGAUAUUGAAUUUGGCUGGAAAAACUGUACCCAUAUCAUUAUUAGUCUUGGUAAUUAUUUUUCACUCAUGAUUGAUUGUCAUGCAAUUAAACUUAUUAAGACUCGUGUCUAGGGAGGGGUGUGAACAGAAUGGUUUUCAACAGUUCUUUGCCAUCUUAUGUAAUAAAUAAUCUUCUUUGCUGGGACUUCUAAGUUAAACGAAACUUUCUGUUUUUAUCACUAAUGGCAUAUUUUCUUUGUGACUUCCAGUAAAGAUGUGUACUUUUUUGGGAGGGAUGGUGGGAGGGGAGGGUAGGGGUGGUGUUGGGAUUGUAAAAGCAACGUAGGGUUUGCAAGAAAGAUUAGACGUCUUGUAAUCACCUGUUCAACAUUUCAUCGUGAUUUUCCCUAGAUAAGAACAUUUGCUCUUUUUAAUCUUUUCCACCCAGAUAUUAAUUUGUAGAUCAGUGCAGACCACGCAAUAUUAAAAUUAACCUUGUGAUUUACCAGUGCCCCAUUCAGGGCGUGAGGGGUAAGGGUAGCGUCAUUCUGGUUAGGGUGUACAUGCAUAUUGUUCUGUUGUUGGGGCCUGUUGUUUAGUGUUACCAACUUCUGCAUUACAGUACUAGUAUAAAUACUUUUAAGUUUGAAGAACCUUUUCUGUACAUUGGCCAUAUGUAUGCUGUAGCUUUCAUGGGACUGGCAAAGAUAUUGGGACAUUUUUACCGACAUUUUAGUGUAGUUUCUAGUUUGAAACUGUACGUACCUUAUAAAGUGUUUCAGAAUUGGCCUUGAUCAAUCGUGUAAUCCUUGCUUUUUGCCAAUAAUUUCAUUGCCUGUUCCAGUCAGUUUGGACCAAGUUCUCAGAAACUGACAGUUUUUGGAAACAUAUUAAACAGGACAGGCUUUAGAAUCAGUGUAUAACUAAAUGCUUGCAACUCUGAAUGAUUCUUCAGGCUGGAUGGAGAGAAAAUCAAGCAACAUUUAUAAAUGAACUAAAGAAUUUACAAGCAACUGGUCUGUCAACACUGGGGACUUCUUUGAAGGAAGCAUUUGACCUUUUAAAUUUGUAUCGUCUUCACUCUGGGAUAGACAACUAUGGGAUGGUAAGAUUUAUAACUUUGAAAGUAGCAUUCAAUAUUGCAGUAACUUUAUUAGUAGGGAUAAAUAAAUGCUCAAGUUGAAUUACACCAAUCUUUCUUUAGGCUAUGAAAUAAUAGUCACGUUAAUUUUUCUUUAGGCUAUGAAAUAAUAGUCACGUUAAUUUUAUGAGGAAAUUUUGAAAUCCUUUUAUGCCAAAUAUCAAACAAAUUUGUUAAGAAAUUUUCACAUGUAGGUAUUUCAAAUAAUUGAAAUACAAAGCAAUAAUAUUUUUCAUGUAGUAGUAUAAUAUGAGGAAAUUUUGAGAUCCUUUGCAAACAAAUCUGUUAAGAAAGCUCAUACAAGCAAUAAUAUUUAAUUGCAAAUGUAAUACUUUGUCAAAAUGAAAAUACCUUCUCAUUAUAAUUAGCCCUAAAUAUGUAACGCUAUAAUGUGCUAACAUAUGUUUUUAUCCUUAAUUUUUAGGGAAGAAACCCUUUCUAUGUAGAGCCAGCUAUGGUAAUUUGCAUUACCGAUGGGAACAAACUUUCUUCCCAAGGUGGUGUGGAAGAUGAGGUAUUUAAAUCUUACAAUAGAUGCUUGUCACAUUUCUCUUGUAGUUAUUUGUAUGUACUGAAUAAAUAUAAUCAUCUAAGUGUAUGUCAUCCUGAAUUGUAAGGGAAGGCACACAGUGUUACAAAUCUCCCCUCCUCACCACAUCUUUCCUUUUUAGACAAUGUCAACAUUUGUUUUCCCGAAACAAAAUAUGUUAUUGGGAGGCUAGAUUUUCCCCAGCCCCAGGGCUGUCUCUGAAGUCCAUGAUAGAGGUAAUGUGACAUUGACUGAUGUUUGACAACUUGUGUAGAACUUUAUCAUCAGAGCUAGUAAAAGUAAGUUUUGUAUCAUGGGUUUAUGGCACACCAUCAACUCAAGUUUUUCUUUCCAUUUGUGAUUAAUUCUCAGUGAGGUUUAAAAUGCCAUAAACAAAUUGUGCAAACUGACCUAUACGUGUAUGUACUUUCUGUAAUGGCUAAUCAUAAUUGUAUAUUAUUUUCACACUACAGCUGCACUUGCCCAUGCACACUACACUACCAGGACAUGAGCUUACUGCAGAACCCUUUCGUUGGGAUCAGAGAUUGUUUUCAAUCAUACUGCGCAUGCCUGGAACAAGAAGUCAUAUGCCAGGCAAGAUUGGAGUGCAGACUAAUGACCCAGCUAUUGCUGCCAUGUGUGAAGUUACAGGAGGUAUUGUCAUUCUAAAUUAAAUUGUAGAUUUUUUUGUAUGGAGUGAAUUUUUCUUAACCUUAAGAAAUUGAGGACAUCUAUUCAAGUUAAUGCCCAACUGAAACAAAUUUAAUUGCUUUGUCAUGUCUGUGUAUUUUAGGGCGAUGUUAUAAGGUCACCUCAUCAAAGUCCUUGGGACAAGCAUUGGAAUCCCUCGUACAGAAAGUUCAGUGUGGUGUUGUCAUCAACUUUGAGAAGAUAGGAGGAGUCAAUAAUCCCCCUCCCCCACCCCCUGAAGGUAAAGUGGCAAAUGUAACAAUGAAACAGCGCACUACUUUUAUUUGGUAGACACAUACCAACAACUGGACAAUGUAUGACCAUCAUGAUACCAAACAGUUUCCAGGAGAAUCAGUUGUGUUGUUGUUUUAUUGCUUUUUUUGGAAUCAAAUUCUUUUGUGUUUCCUAUUACAUGUUGUCGUAAGGAGGUACGAAACAAGCUGGGCCUAAGAUCCAAGCCCUGGUUGGUUUUAGAUGUGCUUUGUUUAGAUUUGUUCAUUAGUAGACCAGAAUUACAUUGCAAGACAAAUAUACCUAUAUUGUUAGAAAAGGCAUAGUGAAACAGAAAAGAAAAAAGCUUGGAGAGAAUGCCCUGAUUAAAACAGGACAAUGAAAUAUGCAAUUGAUCUGACUGCUGAUGAUUUCUAUUGGCCUUGUAGUGUCUAGAGUCAGUGGUAGUGAAGUACGAGAGACUGACUCACCAACACCUCCAGUGCUUGUGAACAACCAUGUAAUGAAUAAUGUGGAUUAUAACAAAGAUGAUGUAAAAGACAAGAAUCCAUUCAAUGAUGAAAACCAUUUAAAUGAAGGCUCCAGGUACUGUAUUCUUAAUAUGAUGAAAUAACGAAAUUUUACUAUCUGUGUACUUAUCACAUCACAUUCCUAACACUUCAGUGAUUUUGUUACCUCUUCAUCCUGCAUAAUUGGCAGUAAUUGACACACAAAAAUCCCCAAAGACAUAAAAUAAUUCAUGGCAUGCAUCCUACAGGACACAAAGAUCCAUUGAUCGAUCUGAACUUGUGUAUUUGUAGAAUAUCCCGUUCAUGUAAUUUCUAUGGCAGUUAUUAUGCCUGUUGUUUAAUGACGCAUAUUUCAGUAUACUGUGAUACAGAGUUUUGGAGUCUGUCUUCAGAUUAACUGUCUGGUUACAUAAUGGCCCAAGCAUUUUCAAUUUCAGAUUCGUUCUUUUUAACUGGGACUCACUGGUUCUGGACUGAGACUCAUGAUUUUUCACAAGAUGAGUCCCAGCUGGACUCACCAUAGCUAUUUGUAACAAAAUCAUUGCACCUUCUGGCGCAUGGGUUUGGACAAUACCCAUUAUAGUUAACCCUUAAGCCCCAACAGUAAUCAACAUCGAUUUACUUGUAACAAUAUCAAUACUUACUUAAGAGUAAAGGUUAUGAGAAUUCAUUUAAUGAUCACCAAAGGGAGAAUGCUUUGAUCUUUUAUUAAAUUCUCUCAACUAAUUCUUCAGGGAAAGAUAUGGAGAUCAGUUGGGAGCAUUUGUAUGUGGAUAUUAGUGCUUAAAGGGUUGAUUCUGAAUUAUGAAGGUAAACUUGCUGAUGUACAAACUGGUCCCAAAACAAAAAGAAAAAUGCUUGCCUUCAUUCUCAUGAAAAAGGAGCAACCCAUAAUCAGUGCUUUGGGUCAGUUCUUUCAGAACACAUGCUCAACUUGAUUUAUUUGAGGUUUAAUCCACUUCAUUUCCACUGCUCCCAAAUUAAGUAUAGUGACUAUAGCAAAGUAAGACCACCACAAGAAGAUUUCCACUGAUAUGAACACUUCUGUCAGAUACACAGCAAAAAAAUUCAAGAUGGGUGUUGCAACCAACCUUGUACUCUGUGGAGUGGAAUGGUUUGCUUGACCAUCUGAGGAUUAAGUUUUGGGUGGGUGGUAAUUUUUGAAAUACUUGGUGAUAGAUAUUAUUGUUUUAUGUUCAGUUUGUCUUCUGUGUCACCGAACCAUUCUCUAUCUGAUGAUAAUAUUGGAGCUAUGGGAAUUUCAAGGUCAACAACAAGCUCACCUGUGCCACAAAGCAUGCAAUCCACAGCAUGGAUAACCUGCCGAAGGAUGAUAUACAUCAAGAGCAACCCUCCAUCUGGACACUGGCCUGUGCCGGAGUCAUUCUGGCCAGAUCCAUCAAUGCAAGCACUGGUAUGUAUGUUUUAUGAAUUGUUUUAGUGUUCCCCUUUCAUUAAAGACAUCAACAAGCAUUUCUAUGCAUUUCUGGCUAGUGGCAUAUGGCAGCUGUCUAAAUUAAGAGACGGGCGGGUAGUUGGUAGCGGAGAUUGUGCUCAUGUCAAAUUUCACAAAAUUACACUUUACACAUGAAAUUUUCAGUAUUUAAGCUGUGUUUUCACACUUCUUGUGAAAUUUGACUUUUAUUUUCUCAGGCUCCCAUGAGAAAUAGUCUUUAGUGUCAUUACAGAUAACUAAUUAUAUCUAUAGCCCUUGAAAAAUGCCAAAAAGAAUGCAACAUUGUUUAAAUUAUUCUGGUACAAGGGUUUUGUCCACUGAAAAUUAAAAUUACUCAAUUUCCUGAUGAAUUUUGUCUCAAUUUGUUUGCCAGCCAUCAAGAGAGGCUCACCCUAAUGUGAUGUUUUCAUGCAACAAUUCUGAACCCUUGGUUCUUGACAAUUUACCAUUUGACAAGUAUGAACUUGAACCAUCACCUCUUACCCAGUACAUCUUGGAGAGGAAAUCACCAUCAACAUGUUGGCAGGUAAAUUAUUUUAUUUUUCUUGCUUUUUUUGGAAAAAAGUUCAGAAUGUAAAUUUUUCUGUGAGUAGCUUUCGGGAGGAGUGAAACAAAAGGCUACUACCCAUUUUGUGAAAAGAAAAAUUCCAAACUGAAAACUACUAUUUAAAGCGACGACCUUUUUAUAUUUAGCCCAUCCUCUUAACUAAACAUAGCAGAAUAGUUCAAAGUUAGUGUACAGUCAUAUUGUAAAACAAGCAACGUUGGUGUGUUUUACAUUGCACAAAAUUUUGGCAAGGAGAAAAAUUUAGGACAAGAGUGAAAAUGAAUCAAGCUUGCCAUGUACACAAAUUGUUUUUAUCACUGCUGUCAUGUUUCCCAUUUGAACGUGUCUUUCCUUUUUUUUCCUUUCAUUUCACUGGAAUUGUUUGCCUAACAUGCUUAACAUGAAAUUUUAAGUUAGAAAGAUUGGCAGUAUUAGGGAACCCAAAUUUUCCUUGGACGUACCAGUUCAUUUAUAUCUUGUGUUGUUAAGUCAGUUGUGUUAAACAGCUCAAAAAAUGGUGUUUGAUUGUAUUUUUUUGUUUCUUUUUUUUAAUGUACAUUUUCAGACAUUUAUUGUGAGUAGUAGCAAAAAAGUUGGAGAGAUAGGAUACCCCUUUGGUUACCUGAAAGCAAGCUCCAAUCUUCAAACUGUGAAUCUCUUUGUUAUGCCAUACAAUUUUCCUGCGCUCUUUCCAGUCAUAGGUAAGAUAAUUUUCUGUUAAUUUGUCAGUGUUCGCUGUAACUGUUUCUUUGAAAAGUUAUUACCGAGGGUAAAACUAACACAACAAUGUUUCUGCCUCUUGAGGGGGACUGAAAAUUCAAGUUGUCAAUUGAAAGCAAAGUGCUUGCUGUCAGCCACGUUUCAUAGUGCUGCAGUAAUUGGUAGCAGUAUUUCUAAAGUAGGCAUGAAAAGUAGCCAAGAUCUGAACAUUUCUUGUGUUGUCCAGAUAUGUCUCUACCAAAAGAGCUUGCCCUCAUAUUUUUGACAACCAGAAUCUCCCGGCCAUGAGCUUGUACAUUAAACACCAGUAGUUUUAGUUUAAUGAGUAUAUUUAUGUUUUACGAGCAUAAUCCAAACUCUGCAGGAAGCUCACAGCUUCUCCUUGCAAAUGGUGGUGUUGUUACUCCCUCAGCUAGUGCACUUCAUCUGCACCUUUGAGGUUGGUGCAUAAUUGUGUGACAUGUAAUGUUCUGGUCAGCAUUAGUAAACAUGAUGUUACAUGUAGUUAAACCUUCUGAUCAAGUCAUGUCUCCUUUUGUCAUUGUCAAGAAUUUAUGAGCUAUAAUAUUUGUCACAUCUUUUUCAAAGUUGCUCUCCAUCUGUCCUUCCCCAAAGUCGCACACUUUUUAAAAUAUGUGAUUUUUAAAGCAACGUUGCCGAGGGUAUAACAUGACUAAGGUUAUGACAAAGUAAAUGUGGUAAAUAUUGUAGCAAUUAACUGUGAAAAAGUCCUGAUAAUUCUUGAGGCCUUUAAAAGGGUCAAAGGUUUGUUGUCAUUCCACUUUUUCAUAGCAAGUCGUUUGUUUGGGCAGCUGGGAGUGUCAUCUACUGAAGUUCAUUUAGAAAUACAAGCCAUGAUAAACAGCACCAUAGUAAUGUGUAGACAAAAAAGUAGUAUGUGUAAUAGUAUCUGGCAAAGCUUUAUCAGAUGACUCGAAAGCUAGAGUUUAUUUUUUCUUAUAGAUGAAUUAGUGAAAAUUCACAAGAUGAAACCACCACAGAAGUGGAAAGAGAGAUUUGAUAAUUAUCUCUCAACAAUGCCUAGCUACUAUGCAGGGGUAUGUAGCUGUAGCGGUGUUGCAGUCAAUAGGGAGCUUAAGUAACAACUACGACGAUGAGAACGGCAAAAAACCCAGUAGGUUUAGAUUGGCAAAAUAACAACUUUGCACUUGCAUCACGCUUUUUUGUACUUUUCUUAGAUGUCACUGCCUGACUGCGACAUGAAAAUGCCUAAUUUCACGUUUCGUUGAGGAUGGGAACACAAAACAAUAAUUUUCUUUUUCUUUUCCUGAACUUUGAUACAAUCCUUUAGAAUUCAACUCCAAAGAACUUUGCUUAACAUUUGACAAAUUAAACAAGAUGGAAUAAGCGCGAUAAAGUGUGAGGCAGCACGAAUUCACUUUUUAAGUAACAUCUCCGUAGCCGUCACCGUCGUCGUUGCUUAAGGUCCCUAAUUGUUGAUUAAUAAUGUCCUUUGUGCUACAGUCAACUCUCUCUUAACCCUUUAAGCCCCAAUAUCCACAUAUACAUUCUCCGAACUGUUCUCCAAACAUUUCCUUAGUGAGUUACUUGAGACAAUUUGAUAAAAGAUGAAAGGAGUUUCGCUUUUUUGAUGAUGAUGAUGAUGAUGAUAAUAAUAAUAAUAAUAGUUGUGCACACCUCUGGGACAGAGCUACAUAGUGCUAGUAAAAGCCACAUGUAGCUUUCCUUAGAGAGAGUUCAUUGAACUGCAUUACUUUUUUGUUUGUUCUGCUAAUGAUGCUCUCUGUUCUGAUAAAUAUGUCAGGAAAAAUUUUUAUUUGUGCAGUACAAGCUCUUUAAGAGGCUUAUGGCACACAAUAAUAUUGCUGCUGAUUUCAUCAUUUUUAAGAACGUUUUUAUUUUACUUUGUAUUAACAUUUUAUUUAUUUCUUUUUGUUGGUUUUUGUUUCUUGCAAUUAGCCCUUGCGCAAUGCAUUUCGUCGUAUGGGCAUUCCACCAUCUUUUGUGCCAGACCAUUUGGAUUCAUUCUUGAGUUACACCGUGGUCAACUAUUUAAAGAAAGUCAAGCAACAGGUAAGAAUAAGGGAGAUGAUGGUAGACAUAUAACAGUUAUGUUUGUCUCUGCAUUUCUGAACUGAUUAACCUGUGGUUUUGUUUUUGGCCAUGCCUGAAAACUGGUUUGCAUACUCAAUUCCCUUUUUUUUCUCCCUUUUUUGCAAUUAUUUGAGUAGAAUACCUGUAAAUUAUCUCACAAGAGAAGCUAAGUCCACUUCCACUACAAACAAAGCAUUGAUUUACAUCUUUAGGUAAAUUGUUAAACAACCCAUACAGAUGAUUCCAUGUUAAACUGCAUACUUAAGAAUCCAGGGUGUUUUAUAACACAUGUUGCAGCCAAUUGAUUUAGGGCAUGGAAAACAGUGCCAUGUAGUGGAUAAUAUAUAGACUUGUAGCAUGUAUUAUUUGCUAUUUAUUCUAAACAUUAAUUUUUUCUAGAGUAAAAUAGAAACAGAGAGGCUUAUUUCUUUAGUGGGCAAAAAUCCUGCAAGAGAUGUUGUACCACGUCCACUUCCAAGGUGAGCAUAACUAUUGUUUCAUCACAAGUAUUUUAGUUUACAACUUGUCCAUUUCCAUGUUAUAAUUAGAGACAAAUGCAUCAGUACAUAUUAAUGAAGGCUCAAAAUUUGUGGUUUUUUCACUUGAUUAUUUUGUUUUAUGUUUAUCAUUUAAGUUGAGAGAGGUGUAGUUCAUUUGGAAGUAAUCCGUUACCCAGACUGAAAUAACUUGUAGUCUAGGAGACUGCAUAUUAAACAUUCACUGAUCAAUACCUGUGUGUUAGUUUUCAUAGAUGAGAUACUAUGCCCCUUUUGAGGCCUAAUUUUAAGCAUUGUGUUACAGAAGUAGUAGAAUAAUUCAAGUUCUUUGUUGAGCGUUUGUGCAGCUGUCUGUGGAGCAGUUGCUUUCAUGCCUCUACCCCCCCCCUCUCAUCCCUUAUUUUUCUUACUUCCAGUGUUUCUUCAGUGUGAUGGGUGCCUGGAAUGGGGGCUCAUAGCUGGGUUGCAGGGAUUUGCCAGCCAUGGGGGCAGUAUUCUAUCUAGGGGCUGGCUGGCCUGGGUAUCCCAGGCACCCACCUUCUACUUGGGCGAUGCAGUUGGUUAACUCCAUUUGUCCCGUUUUGUCAACUUAUUUUAGUGUAAGAGCACCACAGCCAGCAAAAGCCAAGAAAAAGGACUUCCAUGCUCUUCUACAUAAUAGCAAUAUUUCAUCUAGCACUGAUGAUCACAGGAUACCCAGGUAAUAGAAUUUACUGGCCGUGUAACCAAAAUGUGAUUCACUGGAUUUAUGGUCUCAAAAGAAUGUCAAUGUGUUUCAUUGUUGAUACUAGUAAUUGACUAAAUUACGAUGAAUGGAAAGAGGCUUGAUCAGUGCUUUGUCCAAAUUAGAUUUAUGGUCACCUGUAGGUCUGUUGUAGUAGUCCUCAAUUGUUUUGCCGUUAGUAAUCACUUUGCAGAAGGAAUUAUAGAAGUCAAUUUUUUGCAAAAUAAUCACUUUGCAGAAACAAUCAUGUAGUUGACAGGAGGAGCCGCUGUGUGGGUGAACUAAAUAUUUAAGAGAGCGCUUUUGAGAAAAGUGUCAAGGGUCCAGAUAUCAAAUUUAACUAUAAGUGGGUUCCUUUGGGAUGAUCAGAAUCAGUGAUCGAGAUCACUCACAUCAUGGAACAACAAAUGAACUUACGAAUCAUUUCCAGGGUGGAUUUGUUGGUUCCUUUGAUGUGCUGUGAUCUGAGUGAUCUCAAAUCACUGAUCCCGAUCCACAUCAUCCACAUGGAAUGCACCUUAUGUAGUAAUAGACCAUCCCAUUGUUUUUUCCCAACUUUUGGCAUGGACAAGUCAGGGAAAAUCUGUCAACUCUACUGAAAAGCGCUCCUUUGAAUUUGUAAGAUUGCCAAGUUUGAAAGUGAAAUUUUUGCAGCUUUGGGGAGCUAUAUCGUCGCUCACGUAAGACGUAUCACUUUCAAACUUGGAAAUUUUACUCAUUUUAAGGCGCUCCAUAACUGAUCCAUGUUAAAAGUUGAAAAAACUGUGGAAGAAUCUAUUUUACCUUUGGAGCUGUAGCGGAGCUCACCAAAUAAUAUAUUAUUUUCCUUGCUUAUGAGAACAGAAAUUGAGUAUCAGAUAAGUGCCCACUACCUCUCCUAAAUAAUGAUUUUAUUAUUAUCAUUAUUAUUAUUAUAGUGAGGCAGACAUCAAUAUUCCAAGUGUCGGAUUUCAUAAUGGAAAACAGGUGGGUGUGUUAAGCAGAUAAUUUAGUUAAAAAAGUUUCUUUUGAUAUCUGCUUUACAUGUGCAUUAAUUAUUUCUUCUUUUGUGUUGUAAACGGGUUUUUUAUUACAACCCCUUUAUAUAACUACCAUUAUGAUUUGAGCACAUGACAGUAAGAUCUAUUUCAUAAAGGGCUGUCCAGAUUAUUUUUACGAUGCUUUGUAUCAGUCUGUAAAGGGCAUCACAUUUCAGUGACAAUGAUCUCCACCGAUGCAGCCAUCACCAUUUACCUUUUUUACCUCUUUUUUAUUAAUUAUUAUAUGUUACAUAAUGACACAUGUACUGUAUUGCUUAGUAGUUUUUCAAUAAUAUUGUUUUAUUCAAAUUUUUCUUCCCUAGAAUGUCAGAACACGAAGCUACAAAAAUCCUUUCGACAUUUCGAGAGAGGAGCUUUUAGAUCAAGUUUCUAGGAUGAGAAUCAACUUCUUCCAUACAACAGCAACAACAACUAGACUUCAAGACGAAGGUAACCUUUUUUUCUUUCUACCCCUCACCUAAAUGAUGACACAUACCCACUAUUCAAAUCGUGUAUUUCUCUGUUACUUUGAGACUUGCUGUUGUGUAAUGAUGCAUCAAAAUAGUAAUAACAUUUGCCCUGAUUGUAAGCAAACUGAUAGCAGAACAUUAAAUACAAGUUUGACCAGUCCAGAUGGUUGGCAACAGUGCAAAUUUAAUAUUGCAGCUAUCAUUAUUUUUAUUGUUGUUGAUUCUCACCCUAUCAUUACAGUCUCAGUAGUAGGGCAAUAGUAUUCAGCUACAUCACAAUGCUUUUGCGAUAGUCAAAACAAUCUCAGUAGCUAGUUAGCCCUAAUAAUAACAUAAUUGCUGUUAUUUCACCUUUAUUAGAUGCACGACACAGCGUGGCAAUUGCAGAUAUGGGUAACUACCAAGAAGUGCUAAGGCAAAUGAGCCCUCUGCGAGAAGUUGAUCCUGGCCAAAAUAGAGUUCACAUGUUUGGGAACCCCUUUAAACUUGCCAAGGAUCAGGUAAUUAAGGGGAUUAACAGUCUGAACAAGUCAGGGAAAAUCAAAGGUCUGGGGAAGAAUGUGUUAGGGAAAGUCUUAUAUAAUUUUUUGUGUAAUGAUAUUACCUGUACUAAUCCACAUCAACCCACUCACUCCUAAUAGAAGCUAAAGCAAAGAUUUCUUUUUACAAAAAUGCAUUUUUAUUUCUGUAAAAUCAUAAGAAAUAAGUAGCACUAUGCAAAAGUUGUUUUAAAGAGGUUACUUGUGAUAAGUGGGGCUUGAGCAUAUCAUCCACAGAUUUUAAAAUAUCGAGGAGGGACAAAUUACCCCACCCUAACUUGUUUCAGUAAUAACAGGAUUGUAGAUUUACUAACACAUUUGCAUUUACCACACAUGAAACCAAAAAGGCCUUGACUUGGAUAUGGUAUUGUCAAUUCAUCAAAACAGUUAAAAUACUGAAUUAAAAUUAAUACUCUGCAGUACGUUGUUUCUAGGAAAAGAAGCAGCUUUUCAAACUAGUAUGAAAACUUAAGAAUGAAUGGCAAGGACAUAAUAAUUUAUUGUGAUCACUUUUUUGUUUAGCAACAAAAUGAUUUCUUUGUCUUUUUCAUAACAGCGAGUCAUGGUCGAUGAGGCUGAUGUAAAUGAGGCAAUGGCUGGCCCACCCUCACGUAAAAGACCCCCAGGAUCUCCUGGAUCUCCCAGGGACAGGAGGAAGCAGCAAGAGACACCCCCUGUACGGUGGCCCAACAAAGCAAACCAAAAUGGUGGACUAAGUCCACCACAUGGACCAUCAAACAGCAAAGUAUCACCAGAUAAAAACUUGUUAUCUCCUGAUGCUAAAACAAACAAUUUGUUUCCAGGCCAUGGAUUAAAACGAAAACAUACUGAAGGAAACGAAGGACAAAAUAAGUUGCAUAAAGCUUCAAAGGGUUUGAUUAAACCACAGCUUGCAAAACUUCAGCAACUACACAGCAGUAAAGGAAAAAUAAAUCGCAAGCAGCAGCCAACAGUAGGGAAGAGUGAUGCAGUUAGUUCUUCCAAGAAUGAUUUUGUCUCAUCAAUUCUGAAGGAAGCAGUCACCUCUCAAAGUAGGACGUUUUCUGGCCAAGGAGGGCCUCCAUUAAAUUCUCAUGACAAUACACUUAGUAAAAAUAGACUGGCAAACUCUGAGCUACCUGAGCCACUUGUAGAUGGAGAUGUUAAAGGAAGGGGUUCAAAAGGUCCUUCACCAAGAUUGCUGAAAAGACAACUUGCAAGAGAAGCUCAUGAAGAAAACAGGCUGAUAAAAAAUACAGUAUUCAGGGAAAUCAGACAACCACAUAAAAGUAAUUGCAACUUUGAUUUCAUUGUGUAGACAAGUUGAAGUCUCAUCUUGGUUGCUCAUAAAUGGGAAUCAAUCUUUUGAUUGAUUGAUAGAUAGCAGUAUCCAGUUUAGUUAUAUACUUGAUUUUUUCUUCUCUUUUUUUAAAUCUUCAUUCAUCUGAAGAAAAAAAACCUAAGUUCUGUAACUUGCAGUACAAGUGAAAAAUAAGAGGCUAGUAAAAAAAAAAACAGCAUGGAAGAACACAAUCAUACCAUACAGUAUAUUAUAGGGCACCAAAUUGACCAAUCACAGUGGUAGUCUUUACACUAGAGCCUAUUAUACUAAGAAAAAUAUUUCAAUACAAGUAAAUUUUAAUUACUUCAAGUAAAAUAAAGCUUCACACACAACCGAUUCUUUUUUACUUCAGGUUAUUUUCCCACGCAACAAAAUUAAGAUUGAUUGACAUGUCUCGCCUUUCUCGAAGCUCAAGAAACUGCAAGUCAGCUAAGUCGGUCAUAAGGAUGGUUUUCACUUGAAACUUUCUUGAAUCGUUUCAACUUUCUGACUUGAAUGAGAUGCAAAGCAAAGUUACUUGAGAUUUUACUUAGGCCUUCACACACGAAUUUUGGUUAAGUAAAACUUAGCGGCUCUUAAGUCUUACUUAACAGCCUAGUGUAAAGACAACCAUUUUGUGUUCAAAGAAAGAUUAUGAUAAAAAAAACAUUAUUUCACUGUCUUAUAAUAGUUAUAUGUCAGUACAACAUACCGACGUCCCCCAUUCCCACUUGGGUAAAUGGUUUGAAUGACAUGCCAAUAUCCUAAAUGCAUUUUUUAUAUAUGAUUUUAAUGAAAGAAUUUCUUCACUCCAGUCAUUGAUGUAGUCACUCUGUACAGCAAAUCUUAAGUGAAGAGUCACUGUAAAUUGCCUUGAUUAAGUGGUACGAUUACAAACUUUAUGUAGGAAACAAACCUCUGGUUCUUUUUAGGGUCAAUUUGGCAACAGGAGAAGGGUUGAGUUAUCAAAUUGCUUCUAGUUCUGCCAGUCAUCAAACGUUAAUGAAAAGCCUGUUAUUAUCAUGUUUGGUUUUUAUUUUUUCUCAUUCUUUCUGGUCAAAAUUAUGUCUCCCCUGGAUAUCUGACACUUGUGUUUUUGUGUUGUAGGUGAUGAAGUUAUCUUGAAUCAAGUAGCCAACUUGAAAGGCUCACUCGAAAUUCAGUGCUCGGUAAUUCAUGAAAUCAUAGAGGAGGCAGAACUGUUCAAGAAGAAAUUGUUGGUUGAAAACCUCAAUUUACACCUUGCAAGGCUACAGCAAAGACUCUCUCCAGACUCUAUAGAAGAUAAUUACGUCACAAAGAAGAAGAGAUAGCAUUUGCCAAUUCUGCAGUAUUGCUCGCUUAACUAGAGGCCUUGUCUGUUUCUGUUUUGAUACAUAUGUAAAAUAGCAAAAUGCAAUAUUUUUCAUAGUCCUCUGAGAAUAUUGUACAGUUUCUUCUCACAUUGUACCUACCACUGAACGUACUAAAUUAUUUGGACUGUAAAGUAUUGGUAUUACAGUUUGCCAUUUGUCUAGUGUAUUUAGUAUAUAAAAUAUUUUCAAACCUUCCAUACAUGAAUUCAGUGUACAAUUUUGUAACUGUAUCAUUGGUAGUUACAGA